GUUGGGCCCUUCUAGCCAGUUAGAGCUAUAGAGUUGAGGCGCCGCGGACCUCGACGACGUCCUUAGUAGGCGCUCCUUUCCGGUUCUUCGCGGGAAGCCCUGUCUUCUAAGGUCUCGCUCCUCGAGCAGUUCUGAGGGAGAGAGGCCUACAGGGAGAGAACUUCCUUUCUGUGUUGCCCGGACCCGGAACUCAAAGACUUAGGCUUGACCGACCUGGCGUGGGGAAGAGUUAGAAGACGGACAAGGGAGGGAACGGGUGGCCCGGAGGCCUCUGAGACAGCGUCGGAAGACGGUUUUCGGAGGGAUCGGACUCAGACUCACGUCGCACUCCUCGCAGUGGGACUGGUGGGAACUGGGAACGCUGGAGACCUGAUUUCGAGGUGACGCUACCGUCGCGGCCGCCGAACAGUCCUGGGUUCUGAGCCUGCCAUCCAAGGAACUCAGGAGGAGGAGCUGACAGUCUCUUCGUUCCUAACCACCCUGGGACAACUUCAGCAUGUCUCAGGCCACCAAGAGGAAGCAUGUGGUGAAGGAGGUGCUGGGGGAGCACAUCGUGCCCUCCGACCAGCAGCAGAUUGUCAGGGUACUCAGGACCCCAGGGAACAAUCUCCAUGAGGUGGAGACAGCCCAAGGGCAGCGCUUCCUGGUGAGCAUGCCCUCCAAAUACCGCAAGAACAUCUGGAUCAAGAGAGGGGACUUUCUCAUUGUUGACCCCAUUGAAGAGGGAGAAAAGGUGAAGGCUGAGAUCUCGUUUGUGCUCUGCAAGGACCACGUGCGCUCCCUGCAGAAGGAGGGCUUUUGGCCUGAGGCCUUCUCUGAAGUGGCUGAGAAACACAACAACAGGAACAGACAAACUCAACCAGAACUCCCAGCCGAGCCACAGUUAUCAGGAGAGGAGUCCAGCUCAGAAGAUGAUUCUGACCUGUUUGUUAACACAAACCGCAGACAGUAUCAUGAGAGUGAGGAGGAGAGCGAAGAGGAGGAGGCCGCCUGAGACUCCAGGACCCACUUUUCCACUUGCUCAGGGACGGGCCCCUGGCUCUUCUGGGCUUGGACAUUCCCAGGGUGCUCUGCAGAUCUUCACCCCUGGAUGGGGACAACGCAGGGCCCCUCUCUGAACUGAUGUUUUGAUUAGGAGAAUUAAACCCCUGGUGGGUUGGUGACUUGU